AGGAAGUGGGGGUGCCAGCCAGCUGUGGGGCAAUGCAACGGACUCCUGGCACAGAGCUAUAAGAGAAGCCAGGCUGGCAAGAAGGGGCAGAGACCCCAGAGCCCCAGCCCACCAUGACCCUCGGCCGCCAACCCUCCUGCAUCUUCGUCGCCCGCGUCCUGCUGGCCUUGCUGCUGGGGGGCCCCGCGCUGGCCUCGGAGAUUGUGGGGGGCCGGCCAGCCCAGCCCCACGCCUGGCCCUUCAUGGUGUCCCUGCAGCGGCGCGGGGGCCACUUCUGCGGCGCGACCCUGAUCGCCCCCAACUUCGUCAUGUCCGCCGCGCACUGUGUGAACGACGUAAACUCCCGCUCGGUGCAGGUGGUGCUGGGCGCCCACGACCUGCGGCGGCAGGAGCGCACCCGCCAGACCUUCUCCGUGCAGCGCGUCUUCGAGAACGGCUUCGACCCCACGAGGCUGCUCAACGACAUCGUGAUUCUCCAGCUCAAUGGGUCGGCCACCAUCAACGCCAACGUCCAGGUGGCCCGGCUGCCAGCCCAGAACCAAGGCGCGGAGAAUGGGGCACAGUGCCUGGCCAUGGGCUGGGGCCAGCGGGGCACCCACAGUCCCGUUGCCAACGUCCUGCAGGAGCUCAACGUGACGGUGGUGACGUCUGGCUGUCGCCGCAGCAAUGUCUGCACGCUCGUGAGGCGCCGGCGGGCCGGCAUCUGCUUCGGGGACUCCGGCGGCCCCUUGGUCUGCGACGGGCUCAUCCAGGGAAUCGACUCCUUCAUCCGGGGAGGCUGUGGCUCCGGGUUCUACCCCGACUUCUUUGCCCCGGUGGCUCAGUUCGCAGACUGGAUCAACUCCAUCAUCCGACGCUCCGAGGACCACCCCCGCCCCCACCCCCAGGACCCGGCCGGCAGGACCCAGUGAGAAGCUCGGCCCGCGUCAGCUCAGCUGGACACAGCUGUCCUCUCCAGCAGCUGGGACAAUAAACAUCGUCUGUUUUGUAAA